AUGGCAUCCCAAACAGCAUUCUCUUCCUCUGGGUCUAUUCCAGCCCUGUUGCUCGAGGACGACCCCGAAGUGGUAUCUCACUUGGUGGUCCAUCCCUUGGUCUUGUUGCAUGUAUUGGACCAUCACACCAGGAGACAAGAAACCGAUGGACGAGUCAUUGGGACUUUGCUGGGACGAAGGGAUGGUGAUAAAAUUGAAGUGACCAACUGCUUUGCCGUGCCUCACGCCGAACGCGGGGACGAAGUUGCCAUUGGCAAAGAUUUCAACAAGCAAAUGUUGGCACUCUAUAAUCGAACCAAUCGCAAGGAAACCGUCGUGGGAUGGUACGCUUCGGCCGCACUCUCGGAAGGCAAGGGCUUGAUUGCCGACACGUCCUCUCUCAUUCACGAAUUUUACGCGGGAGAAUCCGACGAAGGAGAUCCCGUUCAUUUGGUGGUGGAUACGCGAAUGCAAACCGACUCGAUUGCCAUUCGAGCGUUUCGCAGUACACCCGUCACGGUGCUGGGAGAGCCACUCGCCAACCUCUUUCACGAAGUACGCUUGUCCCUGCAAUCCACCGAACCCGAAACCAUUUGUCUCAAUCAAAUGACCAAAUCACACGACAACAACAACUCUACUACAAAACAAAAGGAGGAUUUGGCCCUGCAAGUGUCCAUGGAAAAACUAUACAGUCUACUCGACACGGCCUUGCAAUACGUCGAUUCCGUCGUCGAAGGAAAGGUCAAUCCCGAUCCAGAAGUUGGACGACAAAUUGCCGAUACUCUCGCAUGCGUACCACGUGUCCGUCCCGAAGUCUUUGAUAGACUCUUCAACGACUCCCUACAAGAUUUACUCAUGGUCACAUAUCUGUCCAACAUUACCAGAACGCAGUUGGCCGUCGCCGAAAAACUCAAUGCCAGUUUGGGAGUCUAA